GCCUCACACUCCGUAAAGGCGCACCCUCCUCUUCCCGAUUAACACUAAGACUGAAAAUGGAUAUUAUUUGGCUCAAAAAAAAGGUGAAAUCUAAUGCUGCGAAUGUAUUUUUCCUAUUCAUGCUAUUUCUUGUCCAUUAUUCAAACAAAGGUGUUUAUUGCAACAACUGCGAUAUAAAAGAAACAUGUGGGCAAUGCAUUGCGGAGAGUCCUGAUUGCGCAUGGUGCUGGUACGAGAAUUUUACAGACACAGAAGGGCCGAGGUGUGAUUAUGUAGAAAAUUUAAGAAAAAGGAAGUGUAAAAAUAUCGUUAAUCCAAAAAGUUCAAUGGCAUACGUGCAGAAUUUAACGCUGAGCGAUAAAGGAGCAAAAGAAGACGAGGCUAUUCAAAUAAAACCCCAAGAAAUUAAUAUACGCCUUAGACCAAAGACACCCAUGGUUUUUAAUGUAGAGUUCCGACAAGCUAUUGAUUAUCCUGUUGAUCUUUAUUAUUUGAUGGAUUUGUCGAAUUCGAUGUCAGACGAUAAAGACAAGUUGGCCGAACUGGGCAACAAAUUAGCUUCGGAGAUGAGAUCAAUCACAUCCAAUUUCAGACUCGGAUUUGGAUCUUUCGUAGACAAAACGGUGGCACCGUUUGUAAAUUCCUACCCAACAAGAUUGAAAGAGCCUUGCCCGGGCUGCGCCGCUCCCUACGGCUACAGGAACAAUAUGCCGUUGAGUGAAAAAACUGAUGAAUUUGCCCGCAAAGUGAAUGCAGCCCCUGUCUCGGGUAAUUUGGAUGCACCUGAGGGCGGAUUCGAUGCAAUCAUGCAAGCUAUUGUUUGUAAGAAAGAAGUUGGAUGGAGGAACAAUUCUAGAAAAGUAUUAGUGUUUUCAACGGAUAACGCUUUUCACUACGCUGGCGAUGGAAAACUUGGCGGUGUUGUUAUUCCAAAUGAUGAAAAAUGCCAUUUGAACAAGGAAGGUUUGUACACGAUGAGCAAUAUUCUAGAUUAUCCGUCUUUGGCGCAAAUUCAUAGACAGAUCCGAAAACAUAACAUGAACUUAAUUUUCGCGGUGACCAUGGAUCAAGUGGAACUUUAUAAGAAAUUAAGUGAGAGAUUGACUGCAGCCACUACUGGAAAAUUAGAAAAGGACUCUUCUAAUGUGGUCAAACUUGUUCGGGAUGAAUACAAUAAAAUUAGUUCCUCAGUGGAGAUGACGGAUAACACUGGUGACAAUAACAUUCAGGUGUCAUACUUCUCAAAAUGCCUUGGACAAAAAGAAGAGAAAACUAAUAUAUGUGGAGGACUAAAAGUUGGUACAAAAGUAACGUUCAGAGUAGAAUUAAAAUACGACAAGUGCCCAAAAGAUCCAAAACGAUGGAACAGAUCUUUUCAGAUCUCUCCUGUUGGGCUACAAGACUCCUUGACGGUCAACCUAGAAAUGCUUUGCCAAUGUGACUGCGAGAAGAAAGAGAACGAGGAGCCUUUCAGCGAAAAAUGCAGCAAAGGCAAUGGCAGCUUUGUAUGCGGCAUAUGUAAAUGCUACAAAGAGAAAUAUGGCAAAGAGUGUGAAUGUGAUGCCAACCAAUCAGACCCAACUUUAGAAGCCAAAGAAUGUUAUAAAGAAAACAGUACAGUUAUGUGUUCUGGAAAUGGAAUUUGUCGCUGUGGUCAAUGUCAUUGUAAUCCUCGCUCAAAUCCUAACGAGAAGAUUUAUGGAAAAUUCUGCGACUGCAACAAUUAUAGUUGUGACAAGUCUUGCAGUGGCAAUGGUGAGUGUGACUGUGGAAAAUGCAAAUGUAACCCAGGUUGGACUACUUCCGACUGCAGUUGCAGAGAUUCGAAUGAUACUUGUAUCAGUUCAGAUAAAAAAAUCUGCAGUGGUCAUGGAAUAUGUAACUGUGGAUCUUGUAAAUGUGACACAGAGUAUUUUGGAGCCUACUGUGAUGACUGUUCAACAUGUCCUGGAAAAUGCGAUGAGUUGAGAGAAUGCGUUGAAUGCUGGUUACGUGAUCAAAAAGGAGCAAAUCUUACAUGCUUCAUGUGCGGAGAAGCUAAUGUCCAACUAGUGGAUAGUCUUGAAGUUAAAGGAAAUGAAAAGCAGUGCAUGUUUGAAGACGAAAAUAACUGCAGGUUUUAUUUCAAAUACAUUUUUAAUAAAGAAGGAGAAUCUACGGUCCAUAUUAAAUCUGUAAGAGAAUGUCCGACACCUGUUAACGUCAUUGCCAUAACAUCAGGAGUGGCUGGUGGUGUCGUCGCAACGGGACUGUUCCUAUUAAUGAUAUGGAAAAUAUUAACAUCUAUUCAUGACAGAAGAGAACUGGCUAAAUUCGAGAAGGAAAGGCUUAUGGCAAAAUGGCAGAAAGUUGACAAUCCUAUUUACAUACAACCAACUUCUGAGUUUAGAAACCCCGCCUACAGAGGAGAUUGAUUGCUUUGUUGCAGAUGAGACUGCACUGUGAUUAUCUAAAGUGACUGAGAAAUUAUUUAUUUUAUGUCGUCUUCUUACGUCUCCAAUCUUAAUGAAUAAAACUAA